UGCCAGGGAGGUCAGAUGCAGGCAGACCACGAUCCUCGGACACAGGAACUAUGGGUGGAGAAGUGAUUGCACUCUGGCCAUAGAGAAGUUAUGGAGCGUGCGGCUGACAUGACUGGAGUGUCUGAAACUCACACCAGCAAGGGGAAGCCCCUGGGUGAGUGCCCCGUGUGCUAUGAGAAAUUCCACCCGCUGGAGGCUGCCCAGAGGACACUGAGCUGUGGACAUACCUUCUGCCACGACUGCCUGGUGAAGUGCCUGCUCUCCUCCAGGGUAGACGGGCAGGUCCAGAACAAUCUCAUCUGUCCUGUCUGCCGUUAUGUGACGUUCCUCAGCAAGAAGGUGACUCGCUGGCCUCCCAAACCAGGGGAGCCCCCGCAACCUUUGGAGCUGGCUCUCUCACCCUCCUUGUUACCCCACCUAGCAAAGUCAGGGCCAGACAACACCUUGGUGGUCCCCAGCCAUUUUGUGAUGCCAGUGCAGAGCUAUGGCAGAAGCGACAGCAUGUGUGGUGUCCCUAUGGACUCAAUGGCCAUGCCAGCUGGCCUGGCUCGGGAAGCCCACAUCUUCGUGAUCAGUGAUCGUGGGAUGCCACUGGUGGAGGAGAACUGUAGGUCAGUGGUUAGGGGACAUGGCACAGAGGCGCCAGAGUCAGGGGCAUCCAUGAGUUCCCUUGGGAUGCGGUGCUGCCAGUCACCCAUUAUACUGGCUGUUCUCCUCAUCUCAACAGUCGCUCUGUUGGCAGCUGUGUUCCCUUGGGUCCUGUUGGUGAAGAGGAGUUCCUGA